GUUAACUUAAUAGUAUAUAAAAUAAAAAUGCAUAUAGGUUCCGUAAUUAAUCUUCUUUAUCGUCACGAGAGGCACAUCUUUUUUCAACAUUUGACCACUCUCUCUCUCUCUCUCUCAGGACCUUUCGGCGUAAUUUCGUCUUCCCCUUUGCUUAACAUUUUCUUUCUUUCUUUUUGACCAAAUAUUAAAAAUAUAUCCAUUUUUAUUUUAUUUUUAAUUAAAUUCAUAAUUUGCAUUUUAUGUAUUUAUAAUAAAAAGGAGAGAAUAAAUCCAAAAGAGUGAAGCAAAAACAUUAAAGCGGAAAGAAAGUGGUAAAACAAUAAUAGAAACAGGAGAAGCAGAAGUACUACUUCUUCUUCUUCUGCUCUCUUCUCAGACCUUGUUUUGUACUUUCUUCUUCUUCUUCUUCUUCUUGUUUGCGAACUCCGAUAUCUUCUUCACUACCUUUGACUCCAUUUCUUUUUCUUCUUCAGGUGAAUUCUACUUUACUUUUCUUCUUACCCCAAAUUUACUCUUUUGGGUUUUAUGAAAGUUUUGUUUUUUAUUACUCAGAUCUUGUCCUAGUUCUCCUCCUUGUUCUGUUGUUUUUCUGUUUCGUUUCGAAUUGGUUUUGUUUUUCAAGUUUAGGGUUUUGUAGAUCAGUUCGUCGUUACUGUAGAUUGGAAAUGAAAAUUAUGAUUCUUUGGAUCUGAUUAUAGCAGUUCAAGUGUGAACUCUAUCUAUUACUUGAUUUGCUAUCUCACAGUUUUUGAAUUUCUUAAUGGUGUUAGCUACUCGACUUUUAGAGCUCAUUUUCUUAACUACUGAACUUGUUUCAUUUGAGAGGUGUAGGCAUUGUCUUGUUAUGAGAAGCAACUGUAGCUGGAAGCUCAAGUAUUUGUUUUUAGCUGUGGAGCUUGAAUCUUGAUAGUUUUCGACUUCUAUGUUAUUACCUGUGGGGAUAUAGAAACAAUCAUGGGCUUACUCUGCAGUAGAAGUCGACAUCAUACUGAAGAUACUGAUGAGAAUACACAGGCUGCUGAAAUCGAAAGACGGAUAGAGCAAGAAGCAAAGGCUGAAAAGCAUAUUCGGAAGCUUUUGCUACUUGGUGCUGGGGAAUCUGGAAAAUCUACAAUUUUUAAGCAGAUAAAACUUCUAUUCCAAACGGGAUUUGAUGAAGGAGAACUAAAGAGCUAUGUUCCAGUCAUUCAUGCCAAUGUCUAUCAGACUAUAAAAUUAUUGCAUGAUGGAACAAAGGAGUUUGCUCAAAAUGAAACAGAUUCUGCUAAAUAUAUGUUAUCUUCUGAAAGUAUUGCAAUUGGGGAGAAACUAUCUGAGAUUGGUGGUAGGUUAGACUAUCCACGUCUUACCAAGGACAUCGCUGAGGGAAUAGAAACACUAUGGAAGGAUCCUGCAAUUCAGGAAACUUGUGCUCGUGGUAAUGAGCUUCAGGUUCCUGAUUGUACGAAAUAUCUGAUGGAGAACUUGAAGAGACUAUCAGAUAUAAAUUAUAUUCCAACUAAGGAGGAUGUACUUUAUGCAAGAGUUCGCACAACUGGUGUCGUGGAAAUACAGUUCAGCCCUGUGGGAGAGAAUAAAAAAAGUGGUGAAGUGUACCGAUUGUUUGACGUGGGUGGACAGAGAAAUGAGAGGAGGAAAUGGAUUCAUCUGUUUGAAGGUGUAACAGCUGUGAUAUUUUGUGCUGCCAUCAGCGAGUACGACCAAACGCUCUUUGAGGACGAGCAGAAAAACAGGAUGAUGGAGACCAAGGAAUUAUUCGACUGGGUCCUGAAACAACCCUGUUUUGAGAAAACAUCCUUCAUGCUGUUCUUGAACAAGUUCGACAUAUUUGAGAAGAAAGUUCUUGACGUUCCGUUGAACGUUUGCGAGUGGUUCAGAGAUUACCAACCAGUUUCAAGUGGGAAACAAGAGAUUGAGCAUGCAUACGAGUUUGUGAAGAAGAAGUUUGAGGAGUUAUAUUACCAGAACACGGCGCCGGAUAGAGUGGACAGGGUAUUCAAAAUCUACAGGACGACGGCUUUGGACCAGAAGCUUGUAAAGAAAACGUUCAAGCUCGUAGAUGAGACACUAAGAAGGAGAAAUUUACUGGAGGCUGGCCUUUUAUGACCUUAUUAUUACAUAUCUCUAGUAAAUUACCUCUCCUUAUUAUUAUAAGAAAAACUCGAAAACUGAAUGACCGUGUAAUUUAUCUUUCGGGACAAAAGACUUAGCGAUUCAAAAUCUAAUGUGUCUCGAUGGCUACGACUAGUUUCUAUUUUAUCAUUGUUUUUGUUAACAUUCCUCUGUCUUUGACUUCUUAUUUUUUUUUCUCAUCAAAAACAUCUCAUUUUGAUCUUGUUUUUGGGGUUAUAUUAUUAUUAAAAUGAGGCAUCCACAUCCCGAAAUC